UGUCACAUCGUUCAUCUCGUCUGCGCUUGUCAUUGACAUGGAAUACGUUCCGAGAUAUUCACAGCCGUUUACCUUGCAAGAGGCGAGGGGACUUGAUGUCCCUAUAAUUACGGAAGAAAUUUCGCGUCUCCAGAACUCUAUUGCGCAUCUUCAGAGGACCCAGGAUGAACUGAAAGACGCCCUGUCGAUUACACCCGGCGACUUAGAAUUGUUAGAAGCGUUCGAGGAGAAUGAGGUAGUCAUUGGUUCCCAGAAUGAACGGAUCAGCAUGUUACGGAUUGCCCUGGCCGAGAAAGGGGUACCCAUGAGUGCCCACUACGACCUUCGUGUCCAGCUCGGUACAACGGCAAUGGAAACCUCGAAUGCUGCAGCUCCUCCAGGUACUAUACGAUCCGGAAACCCUCGCACAGAGGGUCCAUCCACUGCCUCCAUAGACGGUGAAAACAUAGACGGUGAAAACAUAGACGGUGAAAACAUAGACGGUGAAAAUGAGGGCAUAUAUUUGUAGUGUAC